AUGGAGAAUUCUUCUGACCAAAUAAAGCUCAAGCCCAGGCAAAGAAAAACUGGAAUUAAUUGGACCUUGGUUGUAAGUUAUAACCAAACCAAAGAAGCUGAGGCAAGCAAUUUCUUGUGUGUCAAAGGUGGCCCAAAAGUACAAAUGCCAGCCUAUAUGCAAUCUGACUGGGAGAUUUCAAUGGUGGUGAAUGGACAGAAAGCUUGGUGUGUGGCAAAGCCUGCAGCACCACAACAAGCAUUGCAGUCAGCUCUGGACUAUGCCUGUAACUAUGCAGAUUGCAGCCCUACAAAGAAAGGAGGUUCUUGCUAUGACCCGGAUAGGCCAGUGCACCAUGCCUCAUUUGAUAUGAAUGCUUACUACCAGAGGAUCAGGACCUCCACUGCCACAGGAAAAGGAGGAAACUCAAAUCCAAACAGAUACUUGGUGUGUGCCUAA